AUGUUGCCUUUUGCAGUUGUUCUAGGUGCAGCUUUCCUGCCGUACUCAGCAUGUUCUGCCUCUGAGGCACAGGAUAGCUUGUUUGAUGUUAGAUCACAAGCUACACCUUUACCACUGUAUCGAAAUGCUUCUGUUUGUGUCGACAGCAGAGUGGAAGAUCUUCUUCAGCGCAUGACUGUAGAAGAUAAGGCCGGUCAGAUGUUCCAGAACAGUUUGCAGAUGGGAGAGAACUAUACUCUCUUUCCUGGCUCUUCUUCAUCAAACGGAACUGAUGUUGUUGUCGUGGAGAAACUGAUGACACACUUCAACUUCGGCGGCUUGGUGGAGGACGCCAAAAAGUUUGCUCAAUGGCAUAACCUUCUUCAAAAAAAGGCACUUGAUACGCGUCUCGGAAUACCAAUCACUUUGACCACUGAUCCACGCCAUCACUAUUCAACGGCACGUGGAGCUACAGUUGGUGCAGGGCAAUUCUCUCUCUGGCCUGACACUCUUGGAUUUGCAGCUCUUCGAGACUCGGAGCUUGUAUACAAAUUUGCAGACAUUGCUCGACAAGAGUACAUCAGUGUUGGUUUCCGUGGUGCUCUGCAUCCACAAGUUGAUUUGGCCACUGAGCCUCGAUGGGCACGAAUUUAUGGAACUUGGGGCGAGGAUGCUCAUUUAACGAGUAGUCUUAUCAGUGCCUACAUCAAAGGAUUCCAGGGAAAGCAAAUUGGACGCAGUUCGGUCACGACUGUGACCAAACACUUCCCAGGAGGCGGGUCGAUGGAAAACGGCGAAGACUCUCACUUCCCAACCGGCAAGAACGAGACGUAUCCAGGGAACAACUUUGACUAUCAUCUUCUUCCCUUCAAAGCCGCAUUAGCUGCGGGUGCAAGACAGAUCAUGCCUUAUUAUUCUAGGCCUAUCAACACUCAAUUUGAAGAGGUCGGAUUCAGCUUCAACAGACAGAUUGUCACCGAGCUUUUGCGGGGCAAGCUUGGAUUUGACGGCAUUGUUGUGACCGACUGGGGACUUAUCACGGAUGGCGAGCUGGGUGGCCUGGACUUCCCGGCGCGCGCUUGGGGAAUGGAAGACAAAAGCGAGUUGGAGCGGGCCGCGAAGAUUCUUGAUGCCGGAUGUGAUCAAUUUGGCGGCGAAACACGCACCGAGCUACUGAUCCAGCUCGUCCGUGAGGGUAUUAUCCCUGAGUCACGACUUGAUAUUUCAGUCAGGAAGCUCCUCAAAGAGAAAUUUCUUCUUGGCCUUUUUGAUAAUCCUUUCGUCAACCCAGACGAUGCUGAAGAAGUCACUGGAAAUGUUGAAUUCAAAAAUCUCGGCAAGGAGAUUCAACGCCGUUCAUAUACCUUGCUCAGUAACCGCGAUAAGAUUUUGCCCCUCCGCAACUUCGGGGACAAGAUUAAGGUAUAUACCGAGGGAUUGAACCUUACGCAGCUUCAAGAUGAGCGCCUUGUCAGCGUUGACUCAGUCAAUGAUGCGGAUGUUGCACUUCUUCGUCUCGCGUCUCCAUAUGACCCACGCAAUGGCACCUUGGAUGCCGUGUUUGGUUUUAGAGGCGGGACCCUCGAGUACUCUGACAGUGAAAAGGCCAGGCAAGCGGCCAUCUAUGCUGCUGUUCCAACCAUUGUUGACAUCUACGUUAAUCGUCCUGUUGCUGUCCCCGAGGUUAUAGAACAGGCAGCAGCUGUGUUGGCAAGUUUUGGAAGCGCAGACGAGGCAUUCGUGGAUGUGUUGUUCGGCGAUGCGAAGCCGGAAGGCAAACUACCUUUUGAUCUGCCAAGAUCUAAUGCUGCGGUGGAAGCGCAAAUGGAGGAUGUUCCUUUUGACACCGUCAAUCCUGUUUUCAGAUUUGGGCAUGGCUUGAGUUACUAA